AUGACGUCUUCACUCGUCCGGGCGCUGAGAUCUAGCGAGAAGGACGUCGUGCUCGCCGAGCCCAUCUCCAUCGCCUCCACCUUCACGCUCCUCGUCGCCACCAUGCUCUGCGGCGGGCAGUUCUCCUUCACCAACCGCGUGCUGGAAGUCUGCGGCUCGCUGCAGCCCACGAUCCUCUCCGCCAGCAACAACUCCUACUUCCAGAUCUUCAACGAGCUGCUCGCCAUCCUCAAGGCCACGCCCAUCACCUCCUUCCUCCUCGCGCCGCUCCGCCGCCUUCUCGCCAACACCCAGUACUUCAAAUUCGUGCGCCAGCGCCGCAUCUCCGAGCUCCUCGGCGACAAUCUGCGGCUCGCGCUCUCCUUCUACAGCUAUCGCCCGCUCAGCCAGGACGGCCAUCGCUUGCUGUCCCGCAUGCUGGGCGUUCCGGUGAGUAUUAUCUUUGGAAACACGGAGACCUGCGGGAUCUGCACGCACAGCGUGAGGUGGGAAAAGCCCAUCUUGAUGGGCUACAUCGCCAAACCGUUCAUUUGCAACGCGCUUCGGAGGUCGGAGGGGAACACACUGCUCAUUGCUGGAAGCAAUAUCGCCGAAAGUAGCAGAAUGGUGAGCGAGGAUGCAUGCAAGUGGUUCGAUAGUGGCAUCUCCAUUCUGAUCAUGAAGAACUAUUUUAUCGUUCAUAAAAUGCCAAGGACGUAUGACAGUACGAUGCCUGCGUGAUUUGGGCCGGGCGUAUGAGGUGGGGUGUGCUGUGGUGCUGUGGUGCUGUGGUGCUGUAAUGCUGUAAUGCUGU